GUCGUGUGUCCGUGGGGGCUCGGGGUCGGAGCCCAGAGCAGCCAGCACCAUAGCGUCCAACAGCUGGAACGCCAGCGGCAGCCCCGGGGAGGGGCGGGAAGAUGGCCAGGACGGCAUGGACAAGAGUCUGGACAAUGAUGCCGAGGGUGUGUGGAGUCCGGACAUCGAGCAGAGCUUCCAGGAGGCGCUGGCGAUCUACCCUCCCUGCGGCCGGCGGAAAAUCAUCCUCUCGGAUGAGGGCAAGAUGUACGGUCGUAACGAACUGAUAGCCCGGUACAUCAAGCUGCGGACGGGGAAGACACGGACGAGGAAGCAGGUGUCCAGCCACAUACAGGUUCUAGCUCGGAAGAAGGUGCGGGAGUACCAGGUUGGCAUCAAGGUCUCUAGCCACUUGCAGGUUCUUGCCCGACGGAAAUCUCGUGAGAUUCAGUCCAAGCUGAAGGCCAUGAACUUGGACCAGGUCUCGAAGGAUAAGGCUCUGCAGAGCAUGGCUUCCAUGUCCUCCGCGCAGAUUGUGUCGGCCAGCGUCCUGCAGAACAAGCUCAGCCCCCCCCCUCCUCUUCCUCAGGCCGUCUUCUCUGCUGCCCCCAGGUUUUGGAGUGGGCCUAUCCCAGGACAGCCUGGACCCUCUCAGGACAUUAAACCGUUUGCACAACCAGCUUACCCCAUCCAGCCACCCAUGCCUCCAUCACUAGCCAGUUACGAGCCCUUGGCUCCGCUCCCGCCAGCCGCCUCGGCCGUGCCCGUCUGGCAGGACCGCACCAUCGCCUCCGCCAAGCUCCGGCUCCUCGAGUACUCCGCCUUCAUGGAGGUGCCGCGGGACGCCGAAACGUACAGCAAACACCUCUUCGUGCACAUCGGCCAGACGAACCCCUCGUACAGCGAUCCGCUGCUGGAGGCCGUGGACAUCCGCCAGAUCUAUGACAAGUUCCCUGAGAAGAAAGGUGGCCUCAAGGAGCUCUAUGAGCGUGGGCCCCAGAACUCCUUCUUCCUCGUCAAAUUUUGGGCGGAUCUGAACAGCACGAUCCAGGAUGGGCCAGGGACUUUCUAUGGUGUCAGCAGCCAGUACAGCAGUGCAGAGAACAUGACCAUCACGGUCUCCACCAAGGUGUGCUCCUUUGGGAAGCAGGUCGUGGAGAAGGUGGAGACGGAGUACGCGCGGCUGGAGAACGGCCGGUUCGUCUACCGCAUCCACCGGUCUCCCAUGUGCGAGUACAUGAUCAACUUCAUCCACAAACUCAAGCACCUCCCGGAGAAGUACAUGAUGAACAGCGUCCUGGAGAAUUUCACCAUCCUGCAGGUUGUUACGAACAGGGAUACCCAGGAAACCUUGCUCUGCAUAGCCUUCGUUUUCGAGGUCUCCACCAGCGAGCACGGCGCCCAGCACCACGUGUACAAGUUGGUCAAGGACUAGGGGCCCUCGGGGACGGGCAGGGGCACGAGGGGUGCGCAGGGGAGGGAGGGGGCCGUGCAGAAAAGCCGCCCGUGCCCGUUGCCUCGUGAGAAGUCAUUUGAAGAGAGGAGGAGGAGGAGGAGGAGGAAGAAAAACAAUAGCCAAAAAAGACUGACUUGCGAUCGCAGAUGUUUUCUACUUAGGAACAGUUUCUUUUUUUUUUUUAAAUAAAUAAAAAAAAAAAAAAGAAGAAUGGGAAAGGAAGCGUAGGGAGAAAGGAAACCUGCGUCCGGCACUGGAUGGGGAGAGACCGGCCCUUCAGUGUCGCCGAUGAAGGCCGGGAUCGUGCCGUGCCACCGCCAGCAGCGGGACAUCGGCGCGGAGGACGACCCCUCCUUUCGCUCCCCCACCUCGCUCAGAUGCGGUCCUGGUCCCGAGCAGAGAGGAGCAAGCGCGGACGGGCUGGAGGACGCGGCGUUGUGCCACGUCUGGUCCAAAACCGAUUGGCAUGGCAGCGGCCGCGGCAUCGGUACUGCCCGGCGGAGCCCGGGUGGCGGUGGGGACGUGGGGACAGACGUGCCAAGGUGGGAGCAGGUAGGAGCAGGGCAGGGCAGGGCGGUGGAGGGGAUGCUGCCGCCUCUCCAGGAACCGGCACCCAGGACGCUCCUUCUCCGUGCCCAACGGGGCACCGGGAGCCGGUGGCGCUGAAGGCGGGAGGGCAUCGACGAUGCAAACCGUUUUUUUUAUGGCUCUUUUUUUUUUUCCUUUUUUUAAAAUUGAAGUGCUUUUUAAUACUUUUUAAAAAGACACCGUGCUUGUAAUCAGGAUCAUGCCCCUCUGUGGUGUCCGGGACCUGCUCUCCUGCCACCCCUGCACCGUGCCGGUGUCCGGAGGAGGUGACGCAGCUGAGUUUGCUGGGUCGGAGCCAUGCGGCAAAACUGCUGGGCAUGGGGAGCUGGUUUCUGCAGGGAAGGCUUGGGGGGGUGUCUUCAUUUCUCGGGGGUUGCUGCAGACCAGAGGCUGGUUUUUAUGUGGCAGUGGGAUCCCCUGAGCUCUGCAUGUGCUUUCAGGAAUUGCACUUGGGGGUGGCUCAGGCUAAACAUACCCCCCCCCACCCCGUGGUUACUUGCUGAGGAGUAAUGAGGAGAGCAGUGAGGGUGGAUUUGUCUGAUUUACUUUGCAUAUGUACAUUUUCCACCUUUUUUUUCCUUUUUUUUUUUUCACCUUUUUUGCCUUUUUUCUGUGUUGACUAUUCUGGUUUCAGCUGCUCCCUGCAGCUGCUCUGGCCGGCUCGCUUGCAUCCCGCGGGAAGCGGCUGGGGAGGCGGCUCGUGCAGGGAGAAGCACAUUGUGCAAUGCAGGACCAGGCUGCAGGUGGGCAGAGUUUGGGACAGAGAGGACAAAGAGGGGACAGAGGACAGGAGGGAUGCCAGGACAGGGGACUGGGUCUGCCUGGAGAUAUUUUUGUGGCUGCAGCCCAAAAUAAGCCAAGGCAACGUGCCCGGUCCUGAGGCUGUGGCUGCAAGGGCAGAGCCUGGGGAGAGCAUCCCCGGGGUGCAGGGGGGGGACACAGAGGGACAGAGGUCAGAUUUUGCAGCGGUGGCAUGGAGCAGGGUGGCAGGGGGCUGGCAGGGGGACGGGGAGCCCAAGAUGGGCAAGUCUGGCCGGGUUUCUCAUGCCGGUGGGAGAGCGAAGGCAGUGGGAGUUGCAGAGCUGGGUGCUGCGGGAGGGCAGGAGUGGUUUGAGGGGUGCUGGAGCCCGGGAUGCAGGGGGGGGGGUUAGGCUCAAUGCUGCUGGGUGCGGAGGAGUAGGAACAGCCCGAGGGCUGAGGAAAGGGCCUUGGCUGCCAUCGCGAUGCCGUGUGUCCUGCGAGGUGCGGGGACUUCAACCUCUCGCUGCUGGGAGAAGCCACCAAUCCCCGCGGCAUGGGGCAGAGCCACCCCGGCCCCGUGCCCGGGCGAGGACCCGGUGGUGGGGCUGGAUGGAGGUGGCCGCAGUGAGCAGGGGUGGUCGGAGCAGGGGGGGAAGAGAGAGGGAAAAAUCCAGGGAAAGGCACCAGCAUCCCAUCCCGGGGCUGUGCUGGGGCCGCCCGGCCGAGUUCUCAUAUGUAGCAUGUUUGUUUGUUGUUUCGUGGUUCUUUUUCUUUCUUCCGUUUCACUCACUGAUCUAAAUCUCUGGGAAUGAAAACUCAAAACUUCCCCGCCAUAAAACACAAGGUGUGCCCUGCUCCCGGCCCCGCCAGGGGACAAAGCUCUUCUUUAACUGGACCGGUUUGUGCCUCCAUCCCUCCCUCCAUCCCCGCAUCCCUCCACCGAGUCCCGGGGUGCCCACCCGCACCCCACGCACACGCUGCCUGGUGGCCCCAGCGGCCCCGGCCGGGGUUUAGCCACGAUCCCAGAGACACUUUCUCAACCCCCCCCAAGCCCCUCUGUUCUCCUCCAGUGUAUUUAUGAAUUUCACAUGAAGUACUGUUUUAUUUUUUUAAAGACUUUGUAAAGCUUACCAGGGUUACAAUCACCAUUUUUAGAGCUGUGUCAGUCCACAAUGUUAAAAAUCCAUUUUUUUAUGUAUUAUAUUUUUUGUGUAUUUUUUUUUUAAUCCAGCUGUGAUGGGUUGUAUCAUAUAUUUGUUGUGUUUACUGUAUCUGUCCAACUUCAAAGAGAGGAGACUGUGGAGCUCCGAGAAAACUACGGUCUGCUGAAAAAAACAUUAAAAUUAUUUGUUCAUGGGUUGGCUCAA